AUUCGGUAUUUUGGAUAUUGUAGCAUGUAAAUAGACAACAACACCUCCAAAUCAAUGGAUAAAUGAUGAUAAUACCUCUCAGAGCCCGUCAUGAGAUCCCACAUCAACCGUCGUCUUCUGCACACAACCCAGUUGCUUCACCAUGAGAACCCUCUUGGCCUCCCCCAAAAGGGCGCAAUCCCGCGCUUCCAGCGCGGCCUCCCCACGAAACGCCCCAUCCGCAACGUCUCGCACAUCCUAGCCGUCUCCUCCGCCAAAGGCGGCGUAGGCAAAUCCACCAUCGCCGCCAACCUCUCCCUGGCCUUCGCCCGCCUUGGUCUCCGCGCGGGCAUCCUCGACACCGACAUCUUCGGCCCGUCCAUCCCGACCCUGUUUGACCUGACCACCACGGGCCCGCCACACCUCAGCCCGUCCAACCAGCUCAUCCCCCUGACGGCUUACGGCGUCAAGACCAUGUCCCUCGGCUAUCUCCAGGAAGACGAGUCCGCGCCCGUCGUCUGGCGUGGGCCGAUGUUGCUCAAGGCCAUUCAGCAGCUUCUUCACGAAGUGGAUUGGACCGCCGGCGGCGGGGAAGGCGGCGGGGUAGACGUGCUGGUGCUGGACCUGCCCCCCGGGACAGGCGACAUCCAGCUAUCCAUCGCGCAGCAGGUGCCGCUGGAUGGGGCGGUGGUGGUGACGACGCCGCACGUGCUGGCGGUCAAGGACGCGGUCAAGGGGGUGGGCAUGUUUGGCAAGGUCGGGGUUCCCGUGCUGGGCCUGGUGCAGAACAUGGGAGUGUUUCGGUGUCCGUGCUGCGGCGGGGAGACGGCCGUUUUUGGCGGGCAUGAUAAGGUGCUGAAUAUGUGUGAGGAGAGGGGGAUCGAAUUGCUCGGUGAUGUGCCGCUGCAUCCGAGCAUUGGGGAGGAUGGCAGCUGGGGGAAGCCGACGGUCGCGGCGGAGCCCGAGUCAGAGAGGGCGAGGGUGUUCAUGGAUGUUGCGAGGAAGUUGGCUGGGAAGAUGAACUUGGAAGUGAGCUAGGGAAGUAUGCGGGGGCUCUGCGUCUUGUAUGAUAUGCAUGGAAACAGUCGCGAUAUAGCAAGGGGAUUGGGACCUGUCCUGUAGGAUAUCGAUAGAGAACCGCUGCGAUGUUUAAUUUGUCGAAAGGACGGCAAGUAGUCACGGCGGUGAGCGGUGUGGAGGCAAAGUACAGGGUAUCUCAUUUUAUAGGCAUACUACGGCU